AUGCAAGAAGAUAAAAAAUUACCUACUGAUUUUGCAGAUGAGGUGUUUAAAGAUGAUAGUUAUAAUAGUAAUGUUGAUAUUGCUGAAUUAAGUAAUGAUACAAGUAUAAUUAAUUUAAAUAAUAAAAUGUAA